AUGACGCUUGAAGCCGUUGCAUCACAAGAUCUUUGGAUAUGGCAUGCAUUCUUUGGUAUGCCCGGUUCACACAACGAUAUAAACAUUAUUCAUCACUUGCCCCUAUUCAAUGAUCGAAUAAACGGUGUUGGUCCUAAAGGAACAUUUUUUGUAAAUGAAGUUGAAUACAAGUACGGGUACUAUCUUUUUGAUGGAAUUUACCCUGAAUGGGCUGUUUUUGUGAAAUCAUUUCCGCGAGAUGGAACCAUAGAUCCAAAAGGAAUAAAGUUUAACAAGGUUCAGAUGGGGGCACGCAAAGACGUUGAGCGAGCGUUUGGUGUGUUACAAAACAGGUGGGGCGUAUUAAGCAUGCCUUGUCGAUUAUAUGAAAAAGAUCAAAUAAGAAACGUGAUGUACGCAUGCAUCAUUCUACACAACAUGAUUUUAGAGGAUGAAGGGCGUGCGGUAGUUGAAUAUUAUCCCGACGACCCCGAGCCAAAUAACGAAGAUAUUAGUAACGAGGAGAGAGCGCUAAACAAAAAUCUAAUCCAGUCAAGACAAAUAAGUUCAAAUCUUCGAGCUGAUUUGGUAGAGCAUGUUUCGACGCAUCCUAGAUUCGACUACAUCGACAACGAAAGCGAAGAUGAUUGA